AAGAAGAGGUGGGAGGGGAAGUUACGACGUAGUAGCGACCCAGUCAGACGGCGAACCAAGUUUCCAGCGACUCAGCCAUCACGGUCUGAAGCCGUUUCUCUCUCGAAAUGAACUCAAUCGGCGGCUCCGGGCGGGAUUCGCGCGCUGACAGAAGGCCGUGAUCGUGGGGUUUUAGGGGGGCUCGGUCCGGCCCGCUGCUCCGGAGAAGCUGAUUAUGGGUCAGACCGCCGUGUCUGCCGUGUCUCAGUCUACGAGCGUCGAUGGGUUGGAGAAAUCAUCAUCACUGGCCAGCUGUGAUGUGGUGGUGGACAGCGCCACCAAUACCCAGAAUGCCCAUGCGUCACGGCAGCAGCGAGGCAAGCUGUCGUCGCUAGGAAAACUGUUCAAACCCUGGAAGUGGAGGAAGAAGAAGACCAGCGACAAGUUCCAGGAUCUUUCCAAAGUUUUGGAGAGAAAAAUCUCCACCAGGCAAACGAGGGAGGAGCUCAUCAGGAAAGGAGUUCUCAUCCCUGACCAAGAUGAAACAAUCAGCAGUGAAAAUCUGAAUGGUCAUGCCACAUCCAGUGUGACAUCAGAGGAGGUCAAAGUUCACAUUGAGUCUCCAGAAACACAGCUGGAGGAACAGGCCCCCGGGCCCAUCAGCAAUGAAGACAAAACAGCUAAAUCCUCCCAUCCAAAGAAGACAGGAUGCACAACAAAAACCACUCCAGCCUCCGCCUCCACCCUUCGUUCUCGUGCGUCUAAGGACGCCGGCGCUGCAGCACAGACUGGUGGGACAGAUGCAAAGACCAACCAGAAAUCAGACACUCCCAAAUCUUCUUCCAUACCUCAACAACCCUCUGCAGAGACUCCUAGCCAGCCUGGGGAGUUAAAAUCCUCGCCCCUUUCCUCGGACACCAAGUCUGCCUCACCGAAGGAGACGGAGGGAACUCAGGCUGCUUCUCAACCUGGUCCAGAGCCUAAAUCUGCUCCUAAGGCCUCUGCUGCGGGUGAGGAGACCCACAAAGGUAUAGCUCCUGAACCCACUGUCCAGUCUCCCCAUAUCAACACUGCGACAGAGGACACUUCCUUCACAGAGGGAGAGACGGACAGCGGCUUAGAGGGGGAGAAACAGGGGAGUACGGGAGGGGAGGGAGGAGAGGAAGAAAAGAAGAAAGGAGAAUCAGAGUCUGCUGUGGAGAACAGCCUGAGGUCAGCGGAGCGCCAAGCUGAGAAGCCACAGGGCUUCAGCGUGAACACGGAGCAGGCGGAGGUGACGGUGAUCCCUGAUAGGCCCAGAGACAGCCAGACUAGUGACUCGGACUCCGACGGACCAAUCCUGUACCGCGAUGAGGAGGAAGAAGAGGAGGAGGAAGACGAGUACACAACCAGCUCUCUGGCCAUUAAGAUCCGCCGACGAGACACCCUGAACAUCAAACUGGGGAACCGACCCAGCAAGAAAGAGCUGGAGGAGAAAAACAUUCUGCCACGGAGCUCCGAGACAGAGAGACAUGAGCUCCGCCAGCAGAUAGGCAGCAAGCUAGUCAGGCGCCUGAGCCAAAGACCCACCACAGAGGAGCUGGAACAGAGAAACAUCCUCAAGCAAAAGAAUGAAGCAGAAGAGCAAGAAGCCAAGCAAGAGAUUAAAAGGAGACUCUCCAGAAAGCUGAGUGUCAGGCCUACUGUGGCAGAACUCGUCGCUCGCAGGAUCCUGCGCUUCAAUGAGUAUGUGGAGGUAACAGACGCCAAAGAUUACGACCGGCGGGCAGACAAACCCUGGACACGGCUUACUCCUGCUGACAAGGCUGCUAUCCGUAAGGAGCUGAACGAGUUUAAGAGCCGAGAGAUGGAGGUUCAUGAAGACAGCAAACAGUUCACCAGAUUUCAUCGGCCCUGAGUGCUGUCACUGCCAGCUGGACGUCAGCACCACAAGCUCUCCGGUCCACAGCUCCCAGCAGUCUCCCGGCCCUCCAGACCCUCAGUACACAGCUCAGUCCACUUUGCUUUGGGAUCCUCUUGCACCUGGUGAUAUGUAUUUCUGUCUAUAGUGACAGCUACAGGUGUGUCUUAAGGCCUUGGCCGAUCAAUGGACACCAGUGAAGCAUUUGCACAUAUUUAUAGUCAGAACAGUGGUGUGUCUCGCACUCUGAUUAUAACCAUUUAUUUAUUGUAGAUGGCCAGGACCUGCUGGUAUGUGAUGCUAUAUGAUGGUAGUUUUUUGUUUUUUUGAUCCUAUGGCCUCGUAAUGAGAGAUUCCAGUGAGGAAAAAUGGGCAAAAUUACCCUCGUCGUAGUGGCUCAAUUGUGCUAAAGAGUUUUUGUGCCUGCCAAGGUAUGCCUUGCCAUAAACUGCCAAAUGGCCAUAUAUGGGCAUCCUCCUACCACAGGAAAUGGGAGUGAUUGGUUUGUUCCUUGCUGAUGUCAGUGCCCAUGUCAUAGACCAGAGAGGAGGAGAGGCAGUUUGUUCUGCUCUGAUGUGCCUGUUGGAGUGAAUCUGAAGAAAUGCAGUUCAUUUUAGAUAUAUUUAAAGAAUAUUGCCACUAGAGGGCAUUAUAUCAUAAGAGUUAUCGAAUGUAAGGAUGAAGAUGUAUAUGUUGAUGAACAAUAACCUGCGAGUGUUUAUAUUUAUAACUGCUGAUGCUGAGGGUUCGUUGGACACCUGAGGCUCUAAUAGUGAAGUGCAAUGGAAAUUACACCAAUUCUAGCAAAUUCUCACCCCUCAGCACUCGACCUGAUGAUGCACGACCAUCACGUGCCAUCAUACAUCCUGCUGAGUUAUUAAGCGCAAACCUGUGAUCACAAAGUGCUGGACUUGCUGUGUAGAGGGCUUUGACUUCAGGUUUUCAUUUUAGGCUUUUGGCCAAAGAAAAAGCAGGAAUUUGAUUGGAUGCUGGUCUUCUUGUUUGAAAGUUUACAGGUUUGGUUUUGUUGACUUCAUGGAGGCACUGAGAGUUGCACCACGGAAGCAAUCAAGUGGCCUCUUGAAGAAUGGAGAAGUUUCUUAUUUUUCAUUUCCUCCAACGUGCUUUUGCAAUUUAUUCUGUCAGCCUGUGAUAGAAACAGAAGGGGAGAGCCUUUUACACCGUGUAACACACCCCUUCAAUCCAGAUCUGUUUUAAUCAUCACACAGUUUGAAUUUACCAUCAGAAUUUAAAGGAAUUGUUCAACUUUUGGGGCAAUACCCUAGAAAAAUAAUUAAAUUAAUUGAUUUGCCUAUUGAGAGAAAAUUAAUCUGGAGCUAUUAUAAUAAUAAUUUUAUAAUUUCAGUAAUUAUUUAUGCAAAAAUCCCCUCAAAAAUGUGCUGUUUAGGUGGAGAUUUUUUUGUCAUAGGUGCUGUUAAAAUUAAUACAUUUGGGAUGUGGACUGUUAAAUAAAUAAUAUAUAAAUGAAUAACAUUAACGAACAAAAAAAUAAAAUAAAUUAAUUAAAAUGUAAUUCAAAUUGAAUUUGAAAACAUCAAUUGUGGAAAAAAAUUCUAAUGGGCAUAUUCCACUAUUGUCUGACAUUUUACGGAUGAAACUAUCAAUUAAUAAACAAAAUAAUCUCCGGAUUGAUUAUUUUGCCUGUUGAUUAAUUAGCACCUAUGCUAAAAUGCUCCACUAGCUGUUUCCCACCGUCCCAGUCUUUAUGCUAAGCUAAGCUAACCACCUGCUGGUUGUAGCGUCAUCCUGCACAGACACAGUGAGAGUUAUAUUGAUCUUCUCUUCUAACUCCUGGCAAAAAUGUUAAUUAAAUCGUUUCCCAAAAUGUUGAACUGUUCCUUUAAGACUGAUAUCUGUUCUAAUACGCAGCGGCUAUAAAAACAUUGCUGAUUUUUUUCCUCCCAGCAUAUUUUUACUGUUACGGAGGAUUUGUCUGAAAAGUGAUUGACAGGUUGAGCUUGCUGGCGUCCGAAGGCUCGUGUUCUCAUAAUAGAUCUCCAACCUUCACAACACUCGUCAUUCUCACAAAACUUCACUGAAAAGGACAGAUUUAUUCUUCCCGCUUCUGACUGCGCGGAGAUUGUAACAUGAAUGAUGUACAGUGACGGAAAAGAACCAACAGUAUUCAAUGAUGUCAAUGUCUAUGUUGUUAUAUAUUGAUUAUUUUGUACAGAAUGUAUAUUGAGCAUGUGCAUACAUUGAAAUCAAUUUUACUACCAAUAUGAUACAAUAGAAUUUUGAUGUGAAUGUUUUAAGCUCUGAUUUUAGUUGUCUUUAUUUUUAUCAUCCUUAGACAAUGAUAAUGGAAUUAAGAGCUCAGCACACAUAUAUGUGCUGUUUCUAGGCGGCAUAUCAAACACAGUAUGUUAAAUAAUUAAAGUCAUGUCAAACCUACCUGAUUCCUAAGCAGAUCGUGGACAUUGGACAAGACAUUAUAUAGGUGGAAAUGAAUCUCUCUCUGGUUAUUUCAUUUUCUGUACCAACUCCACUAUAACUGAAGUCCACAGGUGCAGUGCAGCAGGUAUUUCAUGGAUGGUGACUCAGUUUAAAAACAAUGUGUAAUCCUUUCUGGACCUCACUUUUAUGUCUUCAGAUGACCACAGUUUACCCUGCACAAACUGGACGGAACCUGAAACUCUGACAUUAUCACGAUACACAUGCUCACAUUUUAACUCCAUUGGUUUAGGUACAGGAUAUAUCAUCUAGUAGGUAAACAUGCACCAACAGCAAAUACUCUAACAAAGGACCAGAACGGUUAUUUAGAGACAAAUUAAAACUCUGAUCCCAUCAUGUCUGAAUAAACGUGAGUUAGCUGCUUGCAUCUUUUAAAAAAGACAAAUUAAUCCAGAUAACAUAUAACUUGUAACAAUUACUUUUACGCAGCCUAUUUAGCAUUUAUAAGCCGUAUAUAGUCAGAGAGUAAAUGGUUAUGUACAGUAGGUAUAAGCAGGUAUUAAGACUACAGCCGCUAUUUUUACAACAAUCUAUCAAAUGACAACAUGAAAACAAUGUGAUGAGGUGAAAGGGGUCUCCCACAGUGAUGAACCUGCAGACAAUUAUCACCUGACUCUGCAGCCCCCCUCAGCUGAAUGGAGCUUUAAAGUGAGUUUUAGCUCAUUGUUCAUCCGUCCAACCUGCAACUUUACCGUUCUGGUUCACUCUCAUGGUGUUGUUUUCCACCACAGCAGGCAGCUGUUUUUGUUGAAAAAGCUCAAAACACCCACGGUAGAGUACCUGCUCAGCAGCGAACAGCAGACAGACAGUUCGUGACGAGCAGUAAACGUAGUGAAGCGUUUAGCAGCCAAAGAGCCAGGUAUUUCCCUCAGGAUCUGGUAGAAAGAAAAAAAGGGAGCGAGCACCCGAGCUGCUGGAUGUGGAAA